AUGUCGAGAUUUGGGGACAGCUCUACGGAGGGAUCGGUAGUCUCGCGCCGAAUACAAGAAGAUUUUGGGGACGAUGUUUCAGUACUCUCAACAACCGGUGAGUCGAGCUGGCGGAUCACGAUUUUUAAGGUAGCCCUCGGGCUAUUUUUCAUCGGCGCCUGUACGGCGGCGAUCAUCUAUUCUGUCAAUAAAGCUGAGGCGAAACGUGCCGAGCACGGCGUCAACCACACGAAGGGUUUCCUUCCGUACGAUCUCACGCAAAAGGGCGAGGGCUACGUUCAUAUAUUCAUGCAGUCGCCCGACUAUCGCGUCAAUAAUACGCCCACCUAUUCGUAUCCGGUUGAAUGGCUCCAGGAGGCGAACAACAAGCGUAUAAUGUACAAGGUGGGCCAUGGUGAGCAUCUACAAUAUGCUCUCUACCUGACGGCGACGGCUGGCUACAAUCAGACCCAUUCGGGCUGCUCAAAAAUCGGGAUGGUCUACGACGACUUCUUCGAUGCGAUGGGGCUAAAAUACGUGCAGCUGCGGACGAAGGAGCAGAUCAAGGUUGACGAGGAGAUGGAGGACGCCUACGUCUACGAGGGCGAGCCGACAAGCACGGCAAAGUUCUUUGGGUACGGCCCAUCGUUGGUUCGAGGGUAUUCGAAUAUUGAUCAAGACCGUCUCUGGGCCUUCGAACUUUUUUUUUAUGCUAGCACCCCUUAUUUCAAAAUCGAGCACUGGUUGCCGGAAAUGGGGGCCAACGACGAGUCAUCAAGCGUGCUGGACGCAAUCCCGAAGGAAUGCUUAAAU